UCCCUCCUCUGCCGUCGCCCAAUCUCCAGCGAGUGUCCGUAUGUGCAGUAUCCGGUGCUCAUCAACGGCCUCGUAGAUAUACUCUACCGUCCUCUCCACCCAACCCUCAAUCUUGCAUUCGUUGGUCACUGCUGCAGACCCCUCGUCAACACUUCCAGACGCCCGUUCGUUGCAGAAGGGGGUGAAUCUUCGACGCCCAUCAUACCCUCGUCUUUGGUCUGCAGACAACAUCUCUCGACAGAAGCAAUUCACUCGUUUUCAACAGAGGGGUUUGCCAACUCUUGCACCUGCGCAGCUAUCUCAGCUUUCGUGCUGAUUGUACCCGGUCACCGUCAGCAACAACGACUCGAACCGAAUUCGACACCGACAGUCACGACUCUAUAUUCGUGAAGUUGAUGGAGGGCCAGUCCUCAGCUGGUAAUACUCAGUAUCAAUAUCAGUCUGCCCAGUGGUCACGACUCGUGCGGCGCAACACUCUUGCAGACGCGGUCCCAGUCUCGACGUCGAGUAUUGCUGUCCCAGCUCAGCGGCCGUCCCAAGUCGAUUUGAUUCCUAUUCUGCUUCCGCAACACUCGUCUUACCAUCAGCUGCAGCUCGCACAAUACAACAGACUCAUAAGCUCUGGGGGAAGGUCAACUAGACUAGUGACAUCGCCACUCCCUCCACUGCUCUCAGCACAACAUAUUCAGGCUGUGCCUGGUCAACGAUCCGGCUCAAGUAGCGGCACCACGGCAAGGAAUAACAAAUCUACUUCGCGGGUUGGUCAUGGGAAUAAGGAAUCACGAAAAUCUAGUAAAGGAGAGCGCGCGCUCAUAACAGAGAAGGAAAAAGCUGCUAAGAUGCCAGCCAAGAAAUUGGAGCUGUCUAACCCGCUCCCAAAUCGACCGCACCCGCAACAUACUACUUCUACACUCUCUCAACAGUCAAGUUCUGUACCCUCUACGCCACAUCAACACGCCCGCAAGUUCUCCUUCGAGUCUCGAGAGCCUUCUCCGAAUGCGACUAAUGGCCAUUCACCACGCUCUGCCUACUCUGAGUCGAAUAUUACACUUCCCUCUGCGAGACCAAUUCCAGCCCCUCGAGGUGGAUGUAGGUAUGAGACUGCUAUGGCGCAUACAAGGAGGCGGAUGCCCUACAGUUUGGGAGCCGAGAAGCUAGAGAGGAAGAACCUGAAGGAGAUCAAGAGCAAGCUUUCUGAGGAUGAAGAGAGGAUAUUAUCAACAGAUAUGCGAGAGCUUUAUGACCGGUUACUACCCUCUCCAGAGAAGGACGAGAAGAGGGAUGCGCUCAUACGAAAACUUGAAAACCUCUUUAAUACGGAGUGGCCAGGACAUAACAUCAAGGUGCAUAUGUUCGGAUCAUCUGGAAAUAUGUUGUGUACAGAUCAGUCCGAUGUGGACAUUUGUAUUACAACUGACUGGAAGGAGAUGGAAGGAGUUUGCAUCAUAGCAGAUCUUCUAGCAAGAAGCGGAAUGAAGAAGGUCAUCUGCGUUUCCACUGCCAAGGUGCCAAUUGUCAAGGUCUGGGACCCAGAGCUGGAUCUUGCUUGUGACAUGAAUGUCAAUAACACCUUGGCGUUGGAAAAUACAAGGAUGAUCAAAACCUAUGUUCAGAUAGACCCACGGGUACGACCUCUUGCUAUGAUCAUCAAGCAUUGGACAAAACAAAGGAUGGUGAAUGAUGCAGCAUUUGGUGGAACACUUAGCUCAUACACUUGGAUAUGCAUGAUCAUAUAUUUCCUCCAAAGUCGAAGUCCUCCAAUCGUCCCGGCUCUGCACCAACGACCCCAUCUGAAACUUCCUUCGACAGAUGGUGUCCCAAGUGCAUUUGCAGAUGACCUUGAUGCACUGCAGGGUUUUGGUAACAAGAACAAAGAAUCAUUGGGGGAGCUUCUGUUCCAGUUCUUCCGUUUUUAUGGUCAUGAAUUCGACUACGACAAAUUUGUCAUCUCUGUGCGGAAUGGCAAGCAGAUAAGCAAAGUCGAAAAGGGAUGGCAUGUCACCAACAAUAACCAGCUCUGUGUCGAGGAACCAUUCAAUACCAACCGCAACUUGGGCAACACUGCAGAUGAUACGUCAUUUCGAGGGUUGCACACAGAGAUUAGAAGAGCCUUCGACCUGCUAUGCGAAGCAAAGCUUGAGGAGUGUUGCGAGGAAUUCAAGUUUCCUGAGGAGGAACAAAACAAAGUAUGGCAAAGGCCUCCGCAAAAGCCCAAGCCUAUUUUGCGAAGCACUUCUCAAUCAUCAAAUAGAGGGCGCGGUGGUGGAGGACACCGGAAUGGCUCAGGGAGACACAAUAAUCAGCACAGUCGCAAUGGAAACAACAAUCGGCGAGCCUCAAGUGGAGCUUUUGAUGCUCCCCCUCAAUACCAUCCAGGGUUACCUCUCAACAUGUCCACACAAGAGGCGUGGCUACAGCAGCAGGCACAAGCGAAGUUACACAAUGACCUCUACGCGACCUACUCUGUUCUGCAAGCUCAGGAGAACAGCCUACGGCUUCAAUUGUAUGCUCAAGGUCUGCAAAAUCAAGCCUACGCUCAAUCGCAAGCUCAAGCUCAAGCUCAGAGCAACGGUGGCGCUAUUAAACAGCAACAAGCUACAGAUCGAAAUCGAACAAAUUCCUUUGAUCAACCACCAUUGACAGCACCUAUCCGGCCUGAGAUGUACUUUUAUCCUCUGCAAUACCAAGCCGCACCGGUUUAUGGGUACCAGACUCCAAGUACAAAUCCUUCUUCGCCAUCAUUGAGCUCUGCUGUACCUGAAUUGAGGAGAAGCAUGCACAGAUCCACCGUGACCAAUGGAUCUGGCCCUGGUGCUGGGCAGCCGAACAGUUCAUUGCGCUCGCAUUCCCAACCUGCCACAAGAUCGGGCCCUUCUCCUCUUGCUCUGCAGGGAGGGCAAAUGAUGCAUCCUGGACUUGGCAUAUACCAGAACAUGCGACAAGCAAGCGGGGUUUCCAUACCCAACUUCAUCGCAGACGAGAAUUUGGAGACUGGAUAUGAGCCUAGUCUUAGCUCUGCCGUCACACCACCUGAAGACAGCAUGCGCAAGGAAUAUGUCGGCUACUAUGUUAGUGAUCAUACCCAAAGUCCGAUGAGGAGACAAUCAGCUGUGCCAAUGGCUGUUCCCGCUUUCGGAGAUGCGAUCCGCCCACCCCGCCGGCUAUCAACAGACCAACUACCACAGUCUAUUUUAGAUCGGUUGAAGAGACCCUCACGAUCACCGUCUCCUCUUGGACAUGAUCGGUCUUAUUCCACGGGCACUCAUUCCGCUCCCUUGACUGCUGUCCCCUCCCAACAAGGUAUUUCUCAUACUAAUCUGAGAGCAUUUAAUCACCAUGGCCCAAUGGUUGCCAAUGGCUCAAACCCUGUGCCUGUGUCCAUUCCAAACUGGCAAGCCUCAGUUAGUGAAGGAUCUAUGUACGAAGAUCGCGGCAGUGAUGGGUUCAGCGCUUCGCUUGAUUCAACCUCUCAUUCUGGAACAGGGAGCGAUGUGUCUAUCGAGCAGGACCUGUCGGGACAAUUGACGCCGCGUGAACCACGGCUUGAAGGACGACCGGACCAGCCAUUAGUUGUCAAUGGGUCUUUCGCUCUAAGUAGUGAAAGUGGGAGCACAGUUCCUACAACGUCCAAAACAAAAGGUGCCGUGCCACAUCCAAUUGCCGUACCCAACGGAUUUUCCUCCUCUGAGCAGAUCAAUGGACCACCUAAAUUGUCACCGAAUAGCCGGAAUCGGCUAGCUCGUCAAAAUGGUGGUAUGUCACCUUUAGACAUUGGGACAGGAAACAACGAGAUCUUACGAGAUGACCUGCCUCAUUUGUCUCCAGUGUACGAGACUCGGACACCAUCUCCUACGACAACUCGAAAAUUCGAUCCUUUAGGGCAGAAAGCAAAUGGUCUGCCUUCAAGAGGUGCAGAAGGAAAGCCAGGGCCUCUGAAUACGACACCGAAGCCCAUUUCGACCAAUGGCACGCAGGUAAUGCAGGGUUCGCCUGUUUCGAAAGCCAAUGGACAUACACGAGCAUCAAAGAGUGAAGGUGCUUCUGGGGCUUGGCAGAAGAUCCAGAAGGGCAAGAGAAAGGGUCCUGCCGAAAUGAAGAACGGUGAAAUUCCAGUUCAGAGCGAACGAUUGCCAACUCAAGACAGCGAGCGGAAAGGUGGAUAGAUACCUGGAGCUUGAAGGCGGGUUCCCACGCUAUCUGACGGAUUCCGUCCAAUAGUCGUGCCGAGUCAAGAACCAAGGGUAAGGAGCUGCUGCGCUUGACGAUUCUUGGACUCCAAUGCACACUCUGGCUCACCAAAAAACUCGAAAAAAAAAACUUCA